CCCGCAGUGGAUACUGGAGAUAACCUGGUUGAUGGAGGAGAGAAAUAUCUGUUACGACGUGUCGUAAAGCAAUCGGUGUUAUGUACUUAUAGACGACAGGCUGUUUUCUGGCGGGGUGAGACCGUUUCCCAGGCUGAGUUCCAGUUAAAUGUAAUUGGACAUAUAAAGGUUUCCUUUGGGAAUUGCUGGACCCCUUGUUUCUGCCUUUGGAGAAGGGACUGUGGGGUGACGGAUCAAAGCCAUGCCCCUCUCAACCCAAGCUGAAGCAGGCGAGGAGCAGAAUAUUUUGGUAGCAACACUUGACAAUGUCCGAAACCUCUCCAAUAUCCUGAAAGCCAUUCAUUUCAAAGACCACGCUACCUGCUUUGUUACUACAAAUGGACUCAAGGUUACCGUGGAAAAUGCAAAGUGUAUGCAGGCGAAUGCUUUUAUUCAGGCAGGGAUUUUCCAAGAGUUUGUGGUACAGGAAGAAUCUGUGAUGUUCAGAAUCAAUCUGUCUGUCUUUUUAGACUGCUUGACCAUCUUCAGUACAAGUUCUUUGCCAGGAACUCAGACAGCCCUUCGGAUGUGCUAUAAGGGUUAUGGGCAUCCUUUGACACUUUUCCUGGAGGAAGGGGGUGUGGUAACUGUUUGUAAAAUCAAGACGCAGGAACCCGAAGAAAUCUUUGAUUUUGAUUUCUGCAGCACAAACGUUGUGAACAAAAUUAUCCUUCAAUCGGAGGGGCUUCGGGAGGCAUUUUCCGAACUGGACAUGACCAGCGAGGUGCUGCAGAUCAUAAUGUCUCCAGAUAAGCCUUAUUUCAGAUUAUCUACUUUUGGGAAUGCUGGAAGUACACAUCUAGACUACCCCAAAGAUUCGGACCUAAUUGAAGCUUUUCACUGUAACGAAACCCAGACAAACAGAUACAAGAUAUCAUUACUCAAGCCAUCUACGAAAGCACUAGCUUUAUCUUGCAAAGUCUCUAUUCGAACAGAUAACCGAGGCUUUCUCUCAUUGCAAUACAUGAUCAGAAACGAAGAUGGACAGAUCUGCUUCGUGGAGUAUUACUGUUGCCCCGAUGAGGACAUUACCGAAGCAGAAAUAUAGCUAUGAAAUGCAGACUGUUGUCAUUUCCCCCUUUUACGAAAAGCAACCUGGGAUUGUCAAUUAUAGAUGAAAGUUUUCUGGAAUAAGAGCCCAGAAGACCAGUUGGGGAGAAACAGAAGAAGUUUCCUGACUUCCUCACCCAGAGGAAGAAAAUCUAAUAGAGACAAAGCCUAUUGAGACGGAGAACUCAAUCUUGACGUUUUGCUGAGACUAGCAAGCAUCAUGACUGGAUGGUUUACAGUUUUGUGAAUUGGAGAAAAUUUAUUUGAUAUUAUUUUUCCACUUUUUAAAAUAAUUCUAUCUCAGUAUUCAGUAUAUGACUAUACAUUCAUAGUCCCCCAUUGAUUCUCUCAUCCACAUAUAAUCCAUGACUGGUAGCUUUUAGCAUGUCACAAUCUCUCAUUUGAUUAUCUGUGAAAUGAUAUCUCUACAUGUCCCAGGCAUCUGCAAGUCUGCCCUUCACCUCCUUCUGAACUGCUUCAUUGCUGUGGGCAGUUGAGAGAGUUUCAGCUACAGGGAGGUAAUAAACUGUCUGUGGGGGACUUGUGACCAUUUUCCUGGGACAGGGUCCCUGAAUGUCCAUUCCAUAUAAGGAAGCAAUUGGGAAAAGCAUCUCUCUUCGCACAAUUAAGGUUCCCUGUGACAGCAGCUGCUGCUGCCAGUAGCCCAAAUGCUCUUUCUCUGCUUUACCCCUAUUUGCAUCUUUGAUGUUCCCCGUGCCAUUGGGCUGUGCUGAAGAUUUCAAACAUUCCUACUAUUUAAUAGGCAUCUUUCUAGCUGUAAAAACAAAUUGCAAUAGAAAUUAAUGCUAUAAAUACUUUGCUGAGUAGGAAUCUGAACAAGAUGUUAUUGGCCUUUUCUUGUACCAGUCACUAGAUGAGCAUUUGCCCAGAGAUCUGGGAUUGAGGAAUUUAGAAUUGCCUCUCUCUCUUGUUUUACACAUCUGGUACUUUCACAUAGAGUAGGAAUCCUGCAGAAAAGAAAGCAAAAGGUUUUACCCAACAGUUUUCAUAGUUAGGCUAAAAAUGAUCUGAGCACUUAUAUAAAGCUAAACAUCAACAGCAUUCUAAAUAAAUAGUGGUAAGUUACUUAUUUAUAUUAUUCUACUUUGAUUGUUAUUAAGGAAGUGGUACCAAGCAAAAAAUAGUCUAAUUUUCAGAUUUAUGUCUUCGUUUGGCAAUACAGAACUUCUCAAAUUGUGAGUCAUGCCAGCUAAGCUGGGGAAAAUGAAUUAUUUUUUACAAAGAACCAUGCUUCUGCUUUGCACGUAUUGUUGAGCUCCAAUUGGAUGUUAUUAUGAGUGUGAUUAGACUGGUGCUGGAUCAGUCCAACAUAGUUCGGUGGGUGGGGCUCAGAAAUCUAAGUUCACAAGGCAAGAUAUUUAUCAACCACUUCCACAGAAAUCUCAUUGUGGGGGGAAACAAAACAACCCAUGCUAAUAAAAUGGAGAGCUAGUUCUCUCAUGUGAAUGCAGAACUGUUUGAAUUUAGAUUUUCUAAGAUCAUCCCUUGGCU